GAAGCACACCAUCCAGUCUUUGCAGCUUGCGAACUGAUCGAGAACAAGUUUUAAAGUUUUCUCCAUUAAGGUUAUCCAUGGAUGCUUCGGCAGCAGGCUCCCCACAGGAAGUUAUUGAGAGGGUGUCCAAGCAACUGGGCUGCAGCACUACCUCGCGUGACGUGGCUGAAUACUUGGACCAACAUGACAAUCUGCGGGUUUUGCGUCAAGAAUUCCUGGUUCCGAAAGUGUCCGAUCUUCCUCAAUCUGACCUGACACUUGUUGAUGGCUCAGAAGAUUGCAUUUACUUAGUAGGCAACUCUUUAGGACUACAACCCAAAAAUACCAAAAAGUUCAUUGAUGAGGAGUUGGAGAAAUGGGCCAAAAUAGGAGCCCAUGGACAUGUGAUGGGGUCUCGCCCUUGGGCCUGGGCUGAGAACAACCUGGAGGCUCUCAUGGCAAAAGUUGUGGGUGCUAAACCAGAAGAAGUGGCCUUAAUGAAUGGCUUGACUGUCAAUCUGCACCUCCUGAUGCUUGCAUUUUACAAGCCCACUGCAAAACGGCACAAAAUCAUUCUGGAGGAAAAGGCCUUCCCUUCUGACCAUUAUGCUGUGGAAUCUCAGAUACGCCUAAGGGGAUUUGACCCUAGUGAGAGCAUGGUCCUUCUCAAACCCAGAGUGGGUGAGGACACCCUGAGGACGGAGGACAUCGUGUCUACAAUCAAGCGAGAGGGAGAAUCCGUUGCUGUGGUGAUGCUUGGUGGAGUCCAGUACUACACGGGCCAACUGUUCGAUAUGGAGGUUAUCACUAAAGCAGGCCAGGCCCAGGGCUGCUAUGUAGGGUUCGACUGUGCACAUGCAGUGGGUAAUGCAGAGCUGCGACUGCAUGACUGGGGAGUCGACUUCGCCUGCUGGUGCACCUACAAAUAUAUGAACUCCGGAGCAGGUGGUUUGGCAGGAGCAUACAUACAUGAGAAUCAUAUGUACACAGUCAAACCUGCGCUGCUCGGUUGGUGGGGACACAAGUUGGACACAAGAUUUCAGAUGACCAAUGUGAUGAACCUUCAGCCUGGUGUUAGUGGAUUCCGACUUGCAAAUCAACCCAUUUUACUGGUUUGUCCUCUACAGGCUAGUCUUGAGAUCUUUAACAAGACCACCAUGAGGGAUCUGAGGAAGAAAUCCAUCCUGCUGACUGGUUACCUGGAACACCUCCUGAAGCACUACUACAGCGAGGACAAGUCAGAGCCACGGAAACCUCACGUCCGUAUCAUAACACCUGGGAACCCGGAGGAGAGAGGCUGCCAGCUCUCACUCUCCUUCUCUGUUCCCGUCAGAGCUGUCUUUCAAGAGCUGGAGAAGAGAGGAGUCGCAUGUGACAUGAGGGAACCAGACGUACUGCGUGUGGCUCCUGUUCCUCUCUACAACUCCUUCACUGAUGUACAUCGCUUCAUCCUGGUGCUUGGAGCAGCUUUGGAAGCCAGCAAACAACAUAGUUGAUCUCUGACCACUUGAUGCAUUAAAGGGAUUUUUUUUAAAGUUGAAAAAUAAAGUAAUAAGAGUGGCUUUAAGUUUGUGCUACUGUAGAUUGACUGAUGGACAGAAGAUUGACGGGAUUGAUAGUGACUGACUGAUUAGUAUUUAGCAGUUUUUGUUGGGCGGAAUAAUCUUACACCUAAAACCAUGAUUAUGAUUUGCUGUAUUCUCAUGUGACCUUAAGAUACAGUAUGGUUCACUUUAGGUCAUUCAGUAUGGUGUACAGAUCAAAUCUGACAAACUGUAAUCAGUAUGGUGCCAGUUCCAAGGCACUUGAGCCCCAGAGCAAGUAUUUCAGAUGUUCUUACACACCAAAGAGAAAUACCUUAACAUUGUAGAUUAAAAGAAUACAUUAAAACUACUGAUUUGUUA